AUGGUGGAUUUCGAGAGCGAUUUACCAGAGGUGAAAGAAAUCUUGGCGAAUCGUUUGACGAAUGCGAUAACGGAGAUCACUGGUCGCUUGGAUAUGAUGGAUCGGCGAUUCGAAUCCAUGGAAAGCAACAUGAAUCGGAUGACAGAGAUUCUAGCUCGCAUCGAAGCAAAUCAAUUCUCCGGGAAAGCUGAGAGACGAGUGGCGGCGAUGGAGGUAUUCAGAGAUCUUCCAAGGGAAUUGGUGGAGGAGGAGAUACUGACUCACGUUCCGGCUAAGUAUCUGAAAGGAUUGGGAUCUACUUGUAAACUGUGGAACAGUUUGUUUACCGGUGACGGGAGAUUCGGAAGGAAGCACUUUGACAAAGCCGCAAAGCAGUUUGUCGUUCUCAUGUUGACGAAGUUCUGCAGGAUUUGUCCGGCAAUCGUCGAUCUCGACGGAAAGGUUCCAACUUUCGAGGUAAAACCAGAGCUUAGCCUAGUAGAUCCGCAAUCUAAGUAUCCCGGAGCUCAAUUCGAUGUGUACAGAGUCGUUCACUGUGACGGCCUCUUGUUGUGCACCUGCAAGGACGGGUCUAGAUUCGUGGUUUGGAACCCGUUAACCGGUGAAACCAGGUGGUUCCAACCCGGCUCUGGUGGCACUGUACUCCGUGGCUUUACCCUCGGAUACGGCAAAAACAAGAGCUACAAAAUCUUGAGCUAUUAUCGUGGCUUCACCCUUCAAUACUCGAGUAUCACCGCGUCUUUGCAGGGAAGUAGUUACUGGUUCGGUAUAGACGCAACAAAACCGGUUACCAUCUCGUGCUUGGUCAAAUUUGAUUUCUCAACAGAGAAAUUUGUACCUGUGGCUAUUCCGUAUCCAUCGCAGCCUGUUUGUCGUUUUGAAGUUUCGAGGCUUACCAAUGUUAAAGACGAGAGACUUUCGCUCUUGGUACAGGUCGAAGAGACAUCCAAGACUGAGAUAUGGGUGACAAACAAGAUUGACGAGACCAACAACCAGGUGGUGUCGUGGACCAAGGUUUUAGCAUUGGAUCUGAGCCCCCACAAUGAUGUUCAAGUUUCUGACGACGGGAGUUUCGUGUUCGUCGAGGAGAAGAAAGUCGUCGUGAUUUCUGAGACGUGGAUUGACUUUGAAGCUGAAGACGAGAACGAUGUCCCGAGCAAAGAGAUGAUAUACAUUGCUGGGGAGGACAAUGUAGUCACACAAGUGGAUUUUGGACCAGACGAAGCGAAUCCAUGUGUGUCAGGUAUCUUUCAUUACGUUCCGAGUUUGGUUCAGAUGGAGCAAGCUGGAGGCAAAAGGAAAAGAGCUGAGAUUAGUGAGCAUUGA